GGCUGGCGAGAGCCAAUCCGUCGGGCGGCGCCAGGGGCGAGGGCGGGGUCACCGCGAGAGACCCAAACACACGGGUUCGAGCGCACCCCGAAGCCGCGCUGCUCCUCCGCCUUCCGGUGCGACGGCCGGAGGACCUCCCCCCGUCCUGGACUUCCCCACCUUUGUGGCCUAGACCCUCCCCCCCGCCGCCCCGCCUUCGCCGUGGGGAGCGCGGUGACGGUUGCUGGGAAGCGCGCGCUGCCCCUCCCUCCCCCCCCGCGUCCUCCCCUCACGCGCCACCCGUUUCUCCUCCUCCGUUAAUAACAGCUGGGUGGCUGGGGGAGGAGGGAAGGUGGCUCCGGCGGAGUCUGGGCGGGCGCCUCCCACUCACCCGCGAGCCGCCGUGGGAGCAGUAGGAUGGCGGCGGUAGCGGCGGCCGCCCGGGAGGAGGCGGUGCCGAGGCCCCAGGCGCAGAGCGCGGCGGCAGCAGCAGAGAGCGGCAGCGGCCCGUCGCGGCGCACCAGAACCGAAACCAGCGGCAGCCGCGCAGCCACCUGAGCCGCCCCUCCCGCCGGAGCUAGCGAGAGGCGCCCGCGGGAGCCGGGACCUCCUUCUUCUCCGCCUCUCCUCGUCUCCAGCACCCCCAAUUAGUCCGCCAGUCUCGACCGCCGCCCUCGGGAGGAGCUCGCCGGGCGCCGACCGCCCCUCGGGGCGCCGGGCGGCGGCCCUGGACGUGCGGGCUUCUUUCUGCGCCGGCCUCGGCGCCUCGGCCCUGCCCUUUCGCUCCCGCGCUCGCUCCCGCCCUCCCGGCGCUCCGGGCGCUGCGCGCGGGCCCGGCCCGGGGCAGGACGGACAUGGGCGCCAAGCAGAGCGGCCCGGCCGCUGCUAACGGCCGCACCCGCGCGUACUCGGGCUCGGAUUUACCUUCCAGCAGCAGCGGAGGAGCCAAUGGGACAACGGGCGGCGGGACGCGAGCCGCGGCCGCCGGGAGGUUUCCAGCUCAGGUGACGGGCGCGCACCAGCCCAGCGCCUCCGGCGGCGCCGCGGCGGCCUCGGCGGCCCCGCGCAGCCGCUCCCUCGGCGGGGCGGUGGGUACCGUGGCGUCGGGGGCCCGCGCGGCGCAGUCCACCUUCAGCAUCCCCAACAGCAGCAGCGGCCCAUACGGCUCCCAGGACUCGGUUCACAGCAGCCCGGAGGACGGCGGCGGCGGCGGUGGCAGGGACCGGCCGGCGGGCGGGGGCCCCGGCGGGCCGCGCCUGGUCAUCGGCUCCUUACCAGCUCACCUCUCACCGCACAUGUUUGGAGGAUUUAAGUGCCCUGUAUGCUCAAAAUUUGUACCCUCAGAUGAAAUGGAUUUGCAUCUUGUGAUGUGUUUAACAAAGCCAAGGAUAACCUAUAAUGAGGAUGUACUGAGCAAAGAUGCUGGGGAAUGUGCAAUAUGCCUUGAAGAAUUGCAGCAGGGAGAUACUAUAGCACGACUGCCUUGUCUAUGCAUAUAUCAUAAAGGCUGCAUAGAUGAAUGGUUUGAAGUAAAUAGAUCUUGCCCUGAGCACCCUUCAGAUUAAGCAUCAGCUUCUUGUUUUAUAGGUUUCCUUGUCUUUUCAAGAUGCUUGAAAAACCAAGAGGAUAUGAGGAUCUGUCUCUGGAAAAAACAAAAACAAAAAAAUAUAGGCACACUCAGCCAGAAAUCUAAGUUCUGUGAGACUCAGUAAUGCAGAGAUGGACAAUCAUACAGGAAAAAAAAAUCCUGCUGAAGAGAGGACAGUUGCCACAGAACUCAGUGUACCAAACAUGCAAUUUAAAGGACACACAGGGAUUUUGAAAAUGCUGCACAUCCCUUAAUAGUCAUCUACGUAGGUAAUACUGAUAAACAUUUUGUAUUCAGACGCCAAAGUUAACUGAUUUAAAAGUUGAUUUACUUUUUAUUAAGUUCUCUAGAGCUGUGCAACUAUUUGUGUUUGAUUUGUUCUGGUUUUUAGUUUGGGGUCCCUGUAUUUUCCCCAACAUGAUGUUCUUGCACUCAUCUAUUCUUAAGUUGAAGACCACAUAAUUUACUUCUUAUAAAAGUCUUAAAUGUGACACCAAGAAAUGUAAUCAAGCAGUAAAACAUUCUCUGAAUGUAGUCCAUGAUCUCAAGUUCAAUUUUUUUUCCAAGAGUGGAAAAUAGACUUCUGUGUAGAAACUAAAGUAUGUUAAUAUUUUAAAUUAAAGAUUUAACAUUAUCAGAAUGUGUCCAAAGAGUAAAAUGAAGUUACAUAAUUACAUUUUAAUUAACUAAAUCUAGGAUUAUCUACUGAAUUGCAGUUUAUUAAAUAUAUUAUUUCCUUUUAAAUAAAACUGCUCAACAGGUAAUCAGCAAUGAAUCAUCUUGCAGCUAUGCAACUUUAAAAAAAAUAUGAAUUACCAAUUUUAAGUGCUGCCAGCUAUAAUAACUUUUUUAACGGGUAUUUUUGUUUGUUCUUUUCAUGUAAUUAUUUUAUUGUGCUUUGCAUCUCCAGGCAGUUUUCCCACAUUUGAGUAAAAUGUUUAGCAGGUUGUAAACUUAAUAACUUACGAAAAGGGUAAAAUAAAAUUUUCUUGAGUGGAACUUGGAAUAAUUUGAGGGACAUUUUUAUAUACUUUUAAAAAUCAGAAUUUAAUUGGGAUGCCAGAUUUAUAGCAAUUUGCAUAUUUAAUUUUCCAGAUAAUCUGGAGGUUAGCAUUUGAUAAAUGAUUUUUUAAAGCAAAUAUGAAGAUUUUGUUAAUUUUUAAUUUAUUAAUGUGUUAUUACUGUAAUUGAAAAUGUUACAGAGACUUUUAAAUUCAGUCUUGUAUAGAAAGAAAUGUAUUAAGCAAAAUCAUGUGAAUAAAUAUUCCCACAAAAUACAUCUGAAUGGUUAAAAAAUACUGGAAGAGAGUUAUCAGGGCUGCAAUAGUGAAUGUCUUUUUUUUUUAAUAUCAAAAAUACCAGUAAAUAGAUUUCAUGUUUUCAAAAUAGGGAAAAUGUUAUCAGUGAACAAUUUAAGCAGUGCACUUUACUCCGUGUAAUUGAAAGUUGCACAGUACUCUUUCCUUAUUUUAAGCUUUCUUUAAUGUGUUUGAGUAUUUGCUUUUCUGUUUACUGCUGCUAUUCUUAUCCUUCUCAAAAAUUUUCCCUGCUUUAUUGCUUCUGUUUCAUAUUUUUUAAAAGGGCACGUACAGGAGCAACUGCUGCUACCCAGAAAAAUUUGUGUAUUAUAAACAAUUGAAAAGAGUUUUUAAGUGCUUUCUGUGUGGUUCUAGGCCAGAUAACAUUUUCCCUAAAGUUACGCUGUGAAAUGCCUUUUGUUAUGCUGCAGUUGAUAAAAGAAUCCAAAACCUCCAUUGUGAUAGCUUGACAGCACAGUUUCAUAGGUGCUUUUUUAACCAUUUAUGGAAAAUAUUCUUCCCUCAAGGAAAAUAUUCUUUCCUUAAUUAUUUUCUGUUAUCAUGAAAUCUUAAUAUGAAUACAUUUUGUUUUAUGUUUUCAAUUUUGUAAGCUUUUUCACACAGCCACCCCCCCAUACACCCCAGGAAAAUCUCUUAGAAUGUAAAUAAUUCUUUAUUUCUACUGGUAUAUUGUUAUGCUAAGAGUUAUUUUGUUGUCUUCCAUUCUUAAAGGAAAAGAUUUCCUAUAGCUGUGCUAGUUAAUUUUCUGAUAUAAUUUACUCAUUGACUUUUAAAAUUUCUUGGCCUAAGUUCACUGUUCCUUUUUUAUCCUGUACCAUACUCUCACAAUCUUAUUCACUUAGCCUUUGUCAUAAGGCUCUGUGCUGCAGCUCCUACAAUAGUAGCUCCUGUAGUUUAAAGGAAAGUUUAGUGUUUGUCAGUAUUAGUGUUCUACUUGAUUAUUUGUCUAGAACAAUAUGUACUUAAGUCUGUUUUAGUAAUCCCUUUUAUGUUACAAUUUUUAAAAGUUAACUUUUUUUUUAACUUUAUAUUCAGUCUACAUCAGUGACUUCCUAAAAAGAAUUUAGGAAUUGAAGAGAAAAUGGUUUUAAAGCUCAGAUGCUCCAGUUUUUAUUCAAAGUUGCUAUUCUGGAAAAUAUUAGAAGUAAUAUUGUACAUAAUGUUACUUAUAAUAUUUGUAAAUUUAUAUACGAACACUGAAUGGUGUAAGUAGGACAGAAAAUCACGUUAGAUGUUUCAAUGUAGUAGCUGAAACUGCUGACAACAAUAUUGUGGGAGAUAAAGAUUGAAAGCCUAGGUUAUUAAGCUUUCUAGAAUCUUUGUAAAUACUCAUUUUCAAAUAAGAUCACAGUUGGGUAUAUACAAAGCAGUAUGUUCUGAAAUUUCACUUUAGUGCCACUCUUUUCUUCAUAUGGGGUUUAUUGCCAAUUUUGACUCAUUUGACUUUGAUCUGACUCCACCACCCCCCCUUCCCUCGAAUGGAUAAGAGUGUAAGAAUGUAUGAGAGCAUAAUCAUUGUCUUCUUUUGGCUCUUUGCCCAAGAAAUAGAAUAAGACUAGUCUUUUUUUCAUAUCUGUUUUUCAUAUCUGGUUAUAAAUCACGGAUAUAGGUUGUGUUUUAAGAGCAGUGUUUGUGAUUAAAAGAUAAACAGUAGUUUCUAUAACUGAUUUUUUGUGUGUGUGGUAGCCAAAACAACUAAAAAGUCAUGUUGUUAACUGUUGCAUACUAUGUAGGUUUUAGUUUCUUAGUGCAAGUCUUUUGUUUCUUUUAAAUAUAAUGUAGUUAUUUCAGUUUUCACCUACUAAACACUUUACUAGAAUGUAGCUCCAAAAUGCCUGAGGAGCAUAUUUACAGUAUGUAUUUUGAAACGAUUUCAGUUUAAAUGAGUUAAUGAAAAUGGCAAGUUUUUUUUUCCAAAGCUUAUUUUGCUUUCUUAAUUUGGGUGUAGUAAAGUGUAAGAACGAUUGUUUAAAGUAACAUAGCAAGACAUAGGAAUACUCCUUUAAAUGAAAAGAGACUAAAUUCAAUGUAAAUAUUACCCAAUUUUAUUUACCAACUUGGAGAGUCGAAGAAGGGAAAUUUCCUAACAAUAAGCUACAUUUGAACAAAGCAUGAAACUCUAUUUCAAAUUCAAGAAUAAUUGAACUUAUCAUCUGAUUGACAUCCACAUUAUGCAUUGAUAAUAAUAUUCAAAUCAUCUUAUACUUUCAUAGAGGAAGUUUCCAUAUAAAAUCAGAUUAUUAAGAACUUUGUAAAACUGCAUAGAGGUAAAUAUUGCUUAUCAAAUAUGAGUGCAGUCUGUUAGUUGCAGGAAGUCUGCUAGUUCAUUUGGGCCGUUUUCUUGCAUUUUGAUUUAUCCUGAGGUAAACUCGGUACAUACUAAUAAUAGGUAGUUAAGUGUCCCUUGUUCUCAUAGAGAUAUUUUCUAAGUUAAAAAAAAAUUCUGGCGUGCCAGUAUUUUGUCUUUGGCCCAUUCCCCUUUAUUUCUGGAGUAGGUAACUUGUGAUUUUUCCUUUGCUAUAUUGUGAAGAACAAUAGUUGCACUAUCUGUGUUACUGUCCACUUUUCUUCUCUAACCAAUUCUUUUCAUUCUGAAACUAAAUUGUUACUUGGUUUUCUUUACAGGAAAUUGCUACUUGGUAUACUCCUAGUAGUGAUCCUUAUUCAGGAACACCUGGUAAAACUUUUUUGAUAAUAACUUAACUAGAUAAUAUUUUGAGUACCAUACUCUGUGAAUACUGUGCUUAACUGGGAAACUGAGUGUUCUUUUCAGAUCACAGAAUUCCUGUAUUGAAUGGGAAGUACCUGGUCUUUUAAGGCAGCUGAUUCUCUAUGGAAGGUAAUUAGGCAUCAAAGAAAACCAGGUAUGUUAAUAUUUAGUUUUAGUUGAAAGUGCAACAUUACUAUGCUUAGGGGAGUUGGUAUAUUUUCAGAUACUUAGCCAUCAUUAAUUUUAGACCAAUGGCUAAUGGUAAGAUGGAUUGUUGGUUACUUAUUUAUAGAGAGGCAAAGAGCAACAUGGUAUAAACUCACAUCCCAGAAAUGAAAAUUUUUAAAGUGAUAUUAUAAUAUAUAUUAAUCGACAUUGUUCUUCUUAACUCUGUCCUGGCUGUGAGGCACCUGUCAGGUCACCAAGUCUUAGAAGUGACUGAUUUCUCUUAUUACCGAAUUCUCACAUCUUCCUUUUUGAUUUGUUAUGCUGAGAUUGAUAAGUACUGAUGAUUUAUGUUUAUAAACUUACAGCUCUGCUGGUACCUUGUUACCAGUGAACCUGGUGCCAGCAUCUUGAAAAGAUUGCAUUGUUAGUCAAAAGCAUUUUGAACACCUGUGUGCAUAUAAUACAAUUCGCAGACCCCAUAGGGAGAUCCAAAAGAGCUUUUGGAAUUUGAUGAUGAUAUUGAUCUUUAUUACAGCAGUCCAUUACAUUUUGUUGCUUUGCAAUGACUAUUUGAGUUUCCUUGUUUGAAAGUCAUAAUAAUAAUAGAUAUUUAUCUCUGUUGCUCUGUUCAUGGUUUCCGCAACUCUUCUGUAAUACUUCUUAAUUUCCUCUAUUAGAAAAUAUUUGCCUGUUAAAUAAGGUAUCAAAAGCAUCAAUCACAAGAAAUAUAGAAAAUGUAUUAGGAACAACUUGUAUUAGUAUGUUCUAACCUAAAAUAGAACGAUUCAUUAUUGAUAUUUUAAUAAAUAAAAACUCCAAAUUACCUUGCCACAUCAUCCCAUUAUUUAGAAGUAUAAAAUAAGAAUACUUUUAAGGAAAUUUGUCAUAUCCACCCCUAUGUCCAGAAGUUGACAGUACAUUACAAACUGAGAACGGUCUGAGUGCUGAAAGGUUACCAUGAAUUAACUGAUGUCACAGUUCCUGUAUCUGUUUUUGUAUCUCCAUUACCACAAAAUUGAAUCCAAAAAUAUUAAAAUUAUGUUCUAGCUUAAGAAAUGGCUGUUUGUAGUGGUAAUGGACAAAGAGGUCUUUCUUCAUUACCAUAAAAUACAAAGUAAAGAUGUACUUUGAAAUUUCUAAUGUAAAACCCACUAGGUAAAUUUGUAAUUGAAAUAUGAUUGGAGAGCUUUAAGUUUUGGGGACGGAUGGUCUGCCAGUGCACAAUCAUAACUUUGAAAAAUUUAGGUUGUAUCUUAGUAACAUUCCAUUAUGUUUUUAAAAGGAGAGUAGUCUUUGAAGCACAGUGUUCAUGACGGAAGAGGUGUUGAAUUUUGUAGGAUAGUGGUUAAGAAUGUGAGUUCUGAAGCCAGUUUGCCUAGUUUUGCCAUCUUUGUGACUUUGGGCAAGAUAAUUCUCUAUGUCUCGCCUUUGCCUAUAAAAAGAGGUAAUAUUACUGCCUACCUCAAGGUUACUUUCCUCAAGGUGAGGAUUAAAUGGGAAGGUACAUGUAUGUACCAGAGUAAGUGCUUAAUAAUGUUAGUAAUUCUUAUAAACAAUAAAAAUAUUUGUGCCCAUCUAUGAAUAAAUAAUUUGUGUUACUCUCUUCAGUCAUGAGGUAUAGGAGUACUUCAUAGACCUUAACUGAUACGUUUAAGAAACCCAGGAUUAUGGAGGGCAUUGUGGAUUCUGCUCUUCCCUCUCGCAAAAAACCAGAGGUUUAUUAUUUCAGCAAGUAUAUAUUAAGCACUGCUUAGUUCUGCGGACUGUUAGGGAAGCAAGAAUAUAGAAAUCAGAGAUAGCUGACCUCCAGGAACUUAAUCUUUAGUGGAUGAAGCAAGUAAGUAGAGCAUGUAACAAAGAGUAAUAAAUGCUCUGAUAGACAUACACAGGGUGUUGUGGAGGUAGUAAGAAGGGUCAUUAAACUCAGACUAGGCAAGAAAAUGAUUAAACUAAGUCUUUAAGAACAAAUAGAUCAUAGCUCUAGGGGAUAUGGAUAAAAGGAUAUGUGGAGUGGGAGGUUAGAAAGGGUAUUCCCAAGGCAGAAAGCAUAGCACAUACCAGUGUGACACUCCGGGAGAAUUGCUAUGUCUAGAGAGGUAAGCAGGUAACAAAUCAUGAAGGGAUGUGCUUGCCAUACUAUGAUUGAGGGGUUUUAAGCAGGAAAAAGGCAAUCAGAUUUAUCCUUCAGAUUAGAGAGGAAUGAGACUAGAGGCAGAUCUGUUAGAAAGUUUAUAGUAAUUCAGGCAAGAUGAUGAGGGGCAAAACAAGAGCAAUGACAGUAGGGAAGGCAAAGUUGGAAGAUUGUAAAGAUUUAAGAGAGUUGAGUUAACACAUCUUGGUAGUCACUGAGAUGUAAGGGGUAAAAUCAGGACCACUCCUAGUUGUACUUUUUCCAAAACUUGAAGGGUUGAAUCUUAAGGACAGAAUCUCUCUCCCUGGGGAAAGCUCAUUAUACCAGAAGUUCCUGCUGUAAAACCAGAGAUAAAGAGCACCAGUUCUAACAUGAAGGAUCUUAAAUGGGAGGCAGAGCCUUGAGAGAGAAGCCCAACAGGAAUAGUUGGCAAGUUGUGAGAAAGCAGAGAGAGAGAGAGAGAGAGAGAGUGUGUGUGUGUGUGUGUGUGUGAGACUGUGUGGCUCUGUGUGACUGUUAGGGCUUAGGAGGUGUCUAGACAAAAAUGUGACCAGCACUGUUAGAAGUGCAUGGUAAGUGGGCUACACUGAGCUAGUUUAACGACAUCUAGGUUGGUUGAUUUGGACUCCUCCCGCCAUGUCCCCCUUAACCUCAGAUGCCUGUUGGAGUAGGACCAUGCUUUCCCAGGUUUGCUUAGUGAAAUGCUGAGAUGCACUUUGAAACAUUCUUGAGAUUUUCCCUUUGAUUCAUUUGUCCCAUACUCUUUCCAUUGUACUAGUCUUCUUAGACAUUCACAACGUAAGUAAGCUACUCUUGGAAGCAGUCUUUUUAGAAGUAGACAGGAAGGAUAAAUCCUGCUCUCCUGAUGGAUGCUGCUGUUGGGAUGAGUGGGUUAGGCUACACAAGAGGAGGACCAGAAGAGGUUUAUUAGUUCCUGCAAGACUGGGUUAAUGCCAGCUCCAUCAUGAUCUUUGUUUAGCAAACGACAGAAAAUGAGGACUGGUAAACUUAUAUUUAGUUCCAGGAGAGGCAGCAGAAACCUUGGGAUAUCCUUGUAUUAGAUUAGGUCAAGGAGUCAGUUCGCUAAUCUAAUACAACAUAUCCAUAGGAACACCCUUUCAGAAACUGCUCCAAAUUGGUUCAAAGGUGCUCCUGUAGGUAACUUGGAACUUCCUAGACUAGGAAUUUCUACAAAGCAAGGCCUGUGAGAAUAAUAGAAACUUAACACCUGAAAGGGAACUGUUCUAAAAUGUCAAAAAUGCUUGUAUUCAUAAAUAUUACUACAUGAUUUAAAAUUUGGUUUCCCACGUUAAAUAUAGUAAAAAUAAUUUUUGCAGUAACUUAAUGACAGAAUUAUUAAAUUCUCCCAUAGAGUGCCUUGUUCCUGUGAUUCUUUCCCAUGAGCUUAUGAAUUCAGUGUUCAUUAUUUUAUGAGAUUUAAAAACUACAUGACCAAAAAAAUAUCUUCCCAACAAAGUCAAGAGAUUUUAAAUGCUUUCAGAUUGGCUUGAUCAUUUACUAGCUGGGUUACUGAAAGCAAAUUGUUUAAUAUUAGCAAUGUAAAUUUAUAUUUCAGAAAAAUAUCAAAUAACUAUGUCAUGAACCUUUCAAAGUAACUCAUUAAUAAUUGAAAUGUUAUUAAAUCUAUAAAUGUUAAGGGUAUUCAUUGUUCAAAUAUUCAGAAGGUUAUCUAUCAAGGAAGUCAAAUGGUAUACAGUUCAACUGUUGUCUAACUAAAACAUUGCAAAUGUCCAAAUGUCUUAGGGUAUUUCAGUGUCAAAACUAGUAUUUUAGUAUGUAAUCAGUAUAAAAACUAUCAAUGAGAUAUUUUACAUUCUUUUUGUCUUCCAGUCUUUGAAAUCUGGUGGUAUAUUUUGUAUUUAUAUAUAGCACUUCAGUAUUUAGAAAUAGCCACAUUUUAAGUGUUUAAGACUCAUGUGAUUAGUGGCUACCAUUUGGGUGCUCAAGUCUAGAUGACUCUGGGAUGUUGAUUUUCUGCUGAAUCUAUCUUUACCUGAAUAUUUUUUGAAGGUUUUAUAAUUCCAAUGUUGUGAAACCUGAGUCUCUCAGUUAACUACACAUGAGCAGAGCUAGUCCUAUGUUGUUACUAAAUUGAGGCAGAGUUUCCAGAGUUUUUUAUUGAAAAGGACUGGAAAUAUCUCGAAAAGGUUGAUAGUCUAACAAAUCUUCUUCAUAUGCUUUCAGAGAUGUCACUGGCUUUUGCUGUAAUUAGUUUUUUGGUGAGCACACACAGGCUGAAUAACUGGUCAGUUUUAUAGUUAGUUAACGUGUGUGUGAGGUUUUAGCCAGAUAACCAAUAGGAAUUGUAAGCAGCGCUGACAAAUAGCUCUAGUCAGAGUUGUCCCCAGUUGAUCUCUGUGGGGCAGUUUCAUGAGUUUCAGACCUUCUAGCCAAUAGUUGACUUUUUACCACAUCUGUGCUUAAACUUCUAACUUUGUUCACUUAUUCACAAACCUGAGUCUCUUGAAAAUCCAGCUUGAGAGUCACCAAUAGUCGGUUCUAAGCUCUCUUCAGUACGAUACUCUCUAGUUUUUGUGGGGAUUCUUUGCUCAAAUGCCCUGUUGAAAGGAGUCAGGGGUGGCAUUGCCAGGGAUUUUGUCUGCAAGGAUGGGCUACACCUAUGGAGGACAAAUAUUAUGCUCCUCUGAGUUGGGAUCUGCGUAAGCAAGUGAUUUUCAAUAGUUGGUUAAAAAUUAGAUCAACUAGAGGUAAGAAGGGAGGGCAGAGGCAGCUUUAUAAAGAUUAAAGAGUCUACCCCAGAGACUCUGAGUUGAUUGUUCUGGUGUGAUCCUGUUGUAUAACCAGUGUACAACCUUUAUCUAGGGUUUUCUCACACCCCCAGAAUAGGGUGUCAGCUCUUGAGGAGGAGAGUACCAAGCAUGUCUCAGACCUCUGCAGCUAAGCCCUGGCUUCAUCCCCUCCAGCUCUCUUUCCUGCUUGAUCAAACUCUUCAUUCUUUUUGAAUGAGAAAACUGCUCCUGUAUCAUUAUGCAUCCUUCCCAACUCAGCUGUUCAUAGAAUAAACUGCCUGAUUCGGCCAGGCUCACGUACUUUUUUUGCACAGCGAAGUUUGUGGUUUCCUAAAAGCCCUUUCUGCCUCCAGAAUAUGGCUCUGACAGAUCAAAAGCCCUUUGGGUUCCAGGCUCUUGUCUCUUCCUUUGGCUUUCAAAAACUCGACUUUGACACUCAAAAUUGAGCAGUGAUGUCUUUUGUUUUAUCCUUAUUGUCUUUCCUUACUAAAGCAGCAGCUGCUCGUAAGUCACUGAGUAAGUUGCCAUAAGCAACUAGAAAUGCAAGGAAUGAAAAAUGUAGCAGUUAAUAAUUCAAAAAUAGCAUUUUAUUACAUUCACAUCAAUCACCAGAAAGCCACUGUGGUGUAACUGUAUGUGGGCAUGUGAGUAACUAGUCUCAUAUAGUUUUCAUUCUUAGAGUUAAUGAUAAUUUUCAGAAGACUCACCAUGAAGAAGAAUGUGUGGGAGUUACUUGAAUGAGAAUGCAGGGUAAACUGAGGAGGUUCAUUCAUUUAGCACGUAUUUAUUGAGCAGUUGAUAGAUGUACAAUAUUGUGUGAGACACUGUAUGUACACUGAUGGGGAAAAAAAAGACAGUUCCUGCCCUUAGGGAGCUAAUGGUUCAGUAUUCCUAGCAGAAGUUGGUUAUCCGCUAUGACAUAGCAAAUAUAUAAAUAACAUGGGUGAGUGAAACCUAGUUUUUUUUUUCUUUCCAGUUUUAUGGAGAUGUAAUUGACAUACAGCACUGUAUAAGUUUAAGGUGUACAGCAUAAUACUUUGACUUACACACAUCAUGAAAUGAUUACCACAGUAAGUUUAGUGAACAUCCAGCAUCUCAUACAGAUACAAAAUUAAGAAAAAAGAAAAUAUAUUUUCCUUGUGAUGAGUACUUGUAGGAUCUACUCUCUUAGCAACUUUCAUGUAUCACACAUCAGUAUUAAUUACAUUUAUCGUGUUGUACAUUACAUUUCUAGUACUUACUUAUCUUGUAACUUGAAGUUUAUGCCUUUUGACCACCUUCUAACCUGGUUCUUGAAUAAGCAUUUGUGUUAGAACUUUCAAGGCGUAAGAUUAUUAAAGUCACUGGAAAAUACUACUUCAUGUGACUAUGCAUAUGCUGAUAGUUUUAUACCUUAUGCCAGAACCUGGUGUGUGUGUCAGUGCUGCUGGAGCAAAACGAAAACAGAUGAAAGCGCUACCAAACACUAGGAUUGCAGUAAAGACAGCUGGAUGGAUUUGUUAACUCAUUCCAUUUUGAGAGGACUGUUUCCUCAAUGAGAAUAAUGUUAUAUUUCUAAUCAAGUUUUUUUUGUUCUCGGCUUAUUAAAAAUAACUAAUAGGUUAUAAUUUACAUACAACAAAACAUCCAUUUUAAGUGUACAAUCUGAUCAGAGUUUGGACACACAUAUACACCUGUGUAUGUAUCAUCACAACCAAGAUGAGUACAUUUCCAUCACCCCUCAAAAGUUACCUCUAGCUUCUUUACAGUCAGUUUUCAUCUACCCAUCCUCAACCCUGGACAGCCAUUGACCUGCUUUGUGCCACUAGAGAUUAGAUGAAAACAUUUAGUGUGUACUUUAUUUGUGUCAGGCUGGUUUGGCUCAGCAUGUCUGUGAGAGGCAUCAGUGCUGUUGCUUGAAUCUUUUCUUUUUUUAUUGCUCAGUAGUAUUCUAAUGUAUGAAUGUGAAUAUACUACAGUUUGUUAUCCAUUCUUUAAUUUGUGGGCACCUGAGCUAUUUCUAGUUUGGGACUGUUAUGAAUAAAGUGGCUGUGAACAUUUAUAUAUAAAUCUUUAUGUGAACAUGUGAUUUAAUUUCUCUUUAAUAAAUACCUAGGAGUGGAAUUA